UACAGCAAUAAUAUAGCAUCCAAACCAAAGUUAAAAUAUUGUUUUUGAAAUAUUUAAAAAAGAAUAGAUAUGAAAAAAAAUUAUCAAAGUUUUUUUGAUUGAUAUUUGAUAUACUCGUGCGUCAAGAGGGCGCUGUUCAUUCUGCUCUGCCUGUGCUCUGCGUGCGAGAGUGAGAGACAAACAUCAUGUUGAAUAUCAAGAUGAUAAGUUACUAUACUGCAGCUUGAAAACCAUUUUAUUCUUGGAAUGCCUUCUGUACGUACUUAUGAGGAAACUAGUCAAGUGUUCAUAUUUAUUUUUUUUUAAUGCGAAAGCUUAUGGUCACGUUUACAAGGAGAUGGCAGACAUGGCACAGUACUCUUUGACAAAGAAGCAUUCGCUGCUAAAGUUGGUGGACAUACCAACAAUAUUGGAAUCCUAUAAAACAGUUGAUAAGAAAACAUUCUUCAAAACUGCAGAUAUAUGUCAGAUGCUUGGUUGUUCAAAUGAAGGGGAAGACAGUGGAAGUGGUCGAGAGGAAAAAGUUCUCCACACAAGAACACCGACAAAGUCAACAAGAAGUUUCUAUGGAACCAUGGAUUACAUAGAAUCACCAGAUAUUGAGAAAGAAGUGAAAAGACUACUAAGAAUGGACAGCACAGCUAUCAGAAUCCGAUGGGAAGUGUUGCCUGAUAAAGAUGGCAAAGAAGACACAAAAAGUGAAUUACAAAUAGAUAGCAACGACUGGAAACAGAUCUUUGAAGAUCAUGGAGGUCGGGGAUUCCCAGCAAGGCAUGGAGGAGUUCAAAGUACAAAAUGUCACUGAUGCUCUCAAAGGAUUAGAAGCGGCUGUAGAUCAAGAUAACACAAUCACAGAAGACAGCAUGCAGCAUGAGACAUGCAGCGGAUAAACUUAAGCCUGGUUCUCACGAGAGCCCUGGUAUCCAGAUCGGGAGCUAACCGUUAGCGCUAACCAUUAGCACCUGCAUGAGAACGCCUGAUUGGUUAGCAGUAUCCGGAUACCGGUAUACUACUACGGUAUUACACUAUUAGCUUAAAUUUCUCCCUCCCCCAAUUAAUUGCCAUUUUCUAAUAACAAGCCCUGCUAUAUAAAUGUAUGUUUGUGAAUAUUACUAUGUAUAGUGUAACUAAAUCUUUGUAGUAGUUGUUCAGUUCUAAUUGUUGAUGGCUGAUUAGAUAAAUAAUUUAUAUGAUUUAUAUAGCCCCUUCCUACAAAAUGAACAAGACACUGAAUCUCAACAAAUGCAGCAAAUGAGAAAUGAAUUUAAAUAAUUGCAGUGUCAAAGCCAGAGGCUCUUUGACAGCCGGCAUCCACUCCAUCAUCAUCUUUCUUUACUCUGCAGAACCUCUUUUGAGCGUACUCUGACAGAUGCACAAUUUAUUUGAUCAAAUGUCAGACACAAAUUAACUCUUAGUCUGAUCCGACAUUGGGUUUUACCGGGUGCUUCCAACUGAGAGGCCAGGUGUGGCUUGAUGAAGUGACGCUGCUGGCGUGCUGAUUGUCAUUGAAAAUUAUCUGUUGCUCGUGCCUCGUUAACUUGCAUUCUCCAAGGAAUUGUGUCUGGUAUGGUAGGUGCAGUGUGUGCUCCUGAAAAUAGUGCAAUAAACAAUACCGUAAAUGCUUGAAUAAGCGUUGCACCAAACCUGAUUUUUUUCAGCUAAGCACUGCAGUACUUAAUCGAGAGCACAGUCACAUUACCCUGUACAGUA